UCUGCAUGCUGAAUUCGCUUUUUAUUUUGAAAAGCCGUGACACGGCGGAAGUAAACAGUAAUCACGUUACAACCCGGAAGAAAUGCCUUUUCUCUGGUUAACGUUUGAAUAGACGAGAAUGACCAAUUUAGCGUUUGGAGAAACGGUUAAACGUGAUGCUGCUCCUGUUGUGCAGCCUCUCAUAGUCGUUUUUGUGUCCUAAUCUCUGGGCCUGGAGGUGGAGGCGGUCGACUGCGAGCAGCAACGCCCCGAUGAGAGCAGGCAGCCCGUCAGAAGGAGAAAAAUAUCCUCGGUGUGUUUACCAGGCGGUUCAGGGAGACGGUUUCCCCGCAGUGUGUCGUUAGCUCACCGUGCGGCUGUGCGACUGGUUCUUCAGACGGAGAGGAAACAUGGCUGAGUUGCAUGUUGUGGAACCGAGCGGUGCUGGCACCAUAGAGCAGCCCGAGCACCGCGACAUCCGGGGCUCGGUGCGUCUGGCGUCGCCCACACUCAUGGUUCCGCCGCGAAGCAGCCAGCUCAGCCCGGGCGGGGUGUCAGGCUGCAGCGGCGGCGGGAGGUCGGUGUUCGGGUUCCCGGUGAAGAGCAAUCCCAGCUCCCCGUCCGAGCCAGUGGACAAGCCGGGCUCACGCUGGGUCCGGCUUAACGUCGGUGGUACCUACUUCAUUACCACCAAACAGACGCUGUGCAGGGACCCCAAAUCUUUCCUGUUCCGCCUGUGUCAGGAAGACCCGGACCUGGACUCUGACAAGGACGAUACAGGAGCCUAUCUAAUCGACAGAGACCCCACGUACUUUGGCCCUAUCUUGAAUUACCUUCGGCAUGGAAAACUGAUUAUGGAUAAGAAUCUGGCAGAAGAAGGCGUUCUGGAGGAAGCUGAGUUCUACAACAUUGCUUCCCUGGUGAGGCUGGUGAAAGAGAGGAUACGGGACAACGAGAACCGGACAUCUCAGGGCCCUGUGAAGCAUGUGUAUCGAGUACUACAGUGCCAAGAGGAGGAACUCACGCAGAUGGUCUCAACCAUGUCGGACGGUUGGAAGUUUGAGCAGCUUAUAAGCAUCGGCUCCUCGUAUAACUAUGGCAAUGAGGACCAGGCUGAAUUUCUAUGCGUAGUUUCCCGGGAACUCAACAACUCCACUAACGGCAUUGUCAUUGAGCCCACUGAGAAGGCCAAGAUCCUUCAGGAGCGAGGCUCGCGGAUGUGAAGAGAUCCUGAGCUUAACAACAGUUUAUCAGCAACAACCACGUUGUUGUUGAACGUUUUCUUCACUUUUCAUCAACCCCCUUCCACCUUUUACCAUCAUCAUGAUCAUCCGCCCCUUCCCUUCUCCUCUGGUGUGCCUUUCCAAAGCGGGCGCUGUUUGGCGUCCCCCACAAUCCUUCAGUGCUGCAACGUGACCCUGGCUUGUCGUCUUGUCUCUCGUCUCUCCUUCUUCACUUUGAAAGAGAGAUGACAGGUUCAGGGCUUUUCCUCAUUGCAGCUUUUUGGUGGUCAGUGUGACAGCAGCGCAGGCUACGGCACUGAUAUUAGCCUCUUGUUGUUCUCAGUUGGAUGGACAGAGCUACCAGAAAUCAUCGUCUCCAUCUCCACCUCCGUUCUGGAUCUCCAUCGUCGUUAUCAGACGGAAUAUUUCCUCAUGUCUUACACAUCUGGCUCUGUUGAUUUAGCAGAAACCUCCUCAGGACUCUCAAAGGACAUAAAGGAAUGAAAACACUCCACUGACUGACCGAGAGAGCAUCGACUCCUCUGCAGGUGGAGCCCGAGACGGAGCAGUCGCAGGCGGAUGAUGCACGGACCGAUCACUCCUUAUGAGCUAACCUGGAGCGGCAUCUUUUCCGCGAACCACGAAAUCUCCAGUGGCUCCUUUUGAUCUGUAAGAAAAGAAAACAAAUGACUAAAAAACGGACUUACCUACACUAGUGUACAAUUUGUCAAGGCAUGUGAGGAAUCUAUAUAAAUCUAUAUAGGCUACAUGAUGAAAUUAUAUGAAAAAUUGAAUGCAAAUGGUGUAAUUAUUGAUUUCUGUAUCAUAGUUGUGAUAUAUUUACAUAUUCUGGUGGUUGAGUCUAUUUAAACGAUGGAGAAAAUAUCAGUUUUCCCACCCGCUAACACGGGUGUGAAUUUGUGUAUGCAGUGCCUCUCUGCUUUCUGUUCAUGACUGAAAUAUCACCAGUUUUUCAGCUGCACGUUUUCUGUAGUGUUCCUCAAAGAAAAAAAGAAGAUAACACCGGUAAGUUUUCUCUUAAAUAUCCGACUUUAAACUAUUGCAUAUCUUAAAAUUGUAAUUAGGGAUAAGGAAAACUACUGUCAUUGCCAUUUGUCCAAGCAAAGCGUGGCGUGGCAGAGGUUGGACUGUGGCCAGUCUGUAUGCUGCCUCAAAACCCUGAAGCACCCCUCUCCUCUCGGGCCUUGUGCUAUUCUCUUCGCCAAUAUUCGCUCACUUUGCAGCUGCCUCUUGUUGCCACACCAAAAUGACUGUGUUGUCUUACACUCUGCAGCACUUGUAGCAACCGUGGCGCAAGCUAAACUGUACCGCUCACCGCUUAAAGCCCUGAGAUACCUGAGUUUUAUACGCUGUGUAAACAACGCUGCCAGACGGGAAGUGAGUUCAGUUUUUUCGAGCUGGAGAGCGAAGCCUUAGUAGUUUGGCUGAAGUAUGUUGUUCUUGUGCUUAACAUUAAGUUGCUAUGUUAUUGUGCUGUUUUUGACGCUUUCAAAAACACUUUCAACAACAUAGAAAUCUACUGUGUACAGGCCAGGAUGUAAGCUUGAGUUAUACUUCUACACCAACUGUAACAGCUGCUUGGUGGUGAAUAAUGCAGUACAUUACUUUUGCAAACAUAAUGCAUAUAAUGGGGUUAUGGGGGUUACAGGGCUAUUGCAGGAGCCAGUAACCUGCCUGACUAAUUAAUUCAGUUUCAGUUGCUUGCUUUUUUUAGUAAACUAUUAGUGGCAUAGAAAACAAACUAGCUGUGAAUGCUAACAACAGCUUAGCGUCUGCAAAAUUGUAAUACAGAAGUAUAAGUCAAGCUUUAAUCUGUGCACAUGUGUGCAAGUGCACUGGCUCGUACUGAAGCGAAAACAGUGAUUUGUCAGUUGACAGAAAAUAAACAGGGAUCUGUUCUGCUCAUUUUAGCUCUAGAGUUUUAUUCUUGAGCUUUGCAUGAGUCACAUUUCAGACUAAUCCUUAUUUGUCCUACAUUUGGGCCUUGGUUCAGCCGCUUAGCUCAUCCUUGAACUGAAACAAGGUCCUUUAGCUCCCGGAUCCCGGACUCUAGUCUGAUUGGCUGCCCCUCGUAAAGACAAACUGAACUUUUGGCUCCCUGGGAUUACUUGUACAUAAGCUCACCUCAUUACAUGAAACUUUAACUCAGCUUGAUAAUAGACCCCACCACUGUAGCACAGUAGGUCCCCUUUAAUCUGCCACAAUUGAAUAUCAAGUCACUUAUCAAGCAGAAAGGACAACUGUUCUUUCAGUUUUCUGCUUUUUCUUUUUCAUAUUUAUGUAAAUUGAAUAUAGUUUGGUUUGGAACUGGAUCGGUGCUUCCCUAAUUUGUAGUUUAUCACAUAAUGAAAAGUUUCUGGAGUCCAAAUGGUUCAAAAAGGGUUCAUGGGCCUUAUCAAAAUUAGGCAAUUAGUCACAUUUAUUUUAAAAAAAACCCAAAACAAUAAAAUAGCAAAAUACCUUUUUGUACUUCUUAAAGUCUGAAUAUUUUGGCUUCAGAUGGCCCACCUCUCACCUUUUAGCCUAUUUUUGAUCAUUUUUACUCACAUAAUCACUAACUGUUCAGCCAGUAUUCAUUUAUUUGCUUAUGAGCAGUCAAAGACCCAAAGAAAAUCAAUUUAACUGACAGGUGAUGAAGAAAUGCACCUAAUUCUCACACUGAAAAGCGAUUUUCUUUAAUAUUUCUGCUUCAUCAGUGACUCACAUUUGUUAAUUAAUUAUUAUAUUUAUUCUGUCAGUGACUAAUCAUUUCACCAUCUGGGGUAAAUGCAGCUCGUUCAUGUGAGCAACUUGAUGCAUAGUUUGAGCCAUAUUUACACAUAUCAGAAGGAGAACUGAGAAUCACGUUGUUCACAUUUUAAUCAAAGCUGAGGAGCGCUCAGUCGUUAUCGCAGACACCUAUUACUGGCAUUGACCCCUUUGGCAAUCCAUCCUUUGUAUAAAGAAUUUAUUUGAUGCAAUUAUGUUGUACCAAGCAUGAGGAAAAAUAAUGCAUUUUAUUGGGGGAAAAUGGUACCUUACCUGCUGUUGUCCCUGACCAUGUUCAGUCAGGAUUCGGAGCUCAAACUUUGAUGUGACUUCCUCUUUGUUGUUGAGGGGUUUUUUUUAUAUAUAUAUUCUUCACCUAUUGAGUGUGUUUGUGCUGUUUUCUUCGACAGACCAGAGUCAUGAGCAGACUUGCUAAAAAUACUGCUAAAAAUGCCCAAAAAUGUCAUUCAGAAGCACUUUUAUUUCCUCCCUUGUGGUUUUCUUGGCCCAUUCAAAGCACCUUGGGUGUUGAUUCCCUUCGUCUUUGUCCAGUGUUGUGCCUUUGACCUGUGUUGUGCACAGUUGUACUCCCCUCUUAUCAUAAUGUGCCUCCCAUACCUUAAAAAAGCCAGGAGGCACGUAUCUGAGGUAUCAUGUAUACUGUGGUCUUUUUACCCUGGUUUUUAUCGGUGGUGUUUCCGUAAGAGGCGAACCAAGCAGAAACAUUACCCUUGGCAAUAUUUUAUUAUAUGUAAAUUUUACAAAUUGCUGCUUUCUUUGUGCCAUUGCGUUCCAGCUCAAUCCAACCACAAUCCCUCACACUCCUGGAGGUUUGACAUUUCUGUUGUGGUGGUUUGUUGGCAUUGUUGGUGAAGUGGACAACAGGAAGUCCAGUCCAAGCUGGGUUCCUUUUUUUUUUUCUUUUUCUUUUUUCCCCCCCUCGUAUCUUAGUAAAACUCCAAAAAUGCACUUGGCAAUUAAUUUGAUGUCAAACUUAUUGGCAGCUUCUUUUCUCCUUGACCUGCAUGCUGAAGCUACCUACAAUGGCCCCACUUGUAAGUGUGUGUAACCAACGUUUAAAGCACUUAAUGUACCCCAAGACCUUAGGAGUAUCAGUCAGUUUAUAGACUGGAAAUGUUGGUAUUUAAAAUGACAAAAGAGGUGAUUACAUGGGAAACGUUCAAGUACAGAAGCCUGAAAAAAAGCAUCAUCGCAGAUAUUUUGCUGGUAUCGUUAGUUUCCCAUUAAUACAACAAAAUUUUAUCUUUUAAUUAAUUUAAAUUUUUAAUUCAGCUUAAAAUAUAAAAAAUAUUGUAAAUAGAACUAAAUAUAUCACAGACUGGUAGGGUGGGAGUUUGGGCUAGCCACUGCUAUAAAGGAAAAAGAUACACGGGAUUUAUGAAAUAAGAAGAAACAUUUUUAAUGAUAAAACUGCCGAUUUAGAGUUUGUUUAGUAGAUAUUAGCAUUUUAAAGCCAAAUUUAGAAUUCUAAUUAUUCAGUGUAAUGGGUUUAACACAUUUUUAUUUAAAAAACACACAGUCAGAAGAGUCUUUUGGAAAUAUUAAUUUUAUUGUUAACUGCCACCUAUGUGUUAAGCUAAUUAGUUUUUAAGUUCUUGUUAGCAUCGAGCUAGCCACACUAUCUUCAUGUAAUAACUAGCAAAGCUUUAGAUUAUUUUUUCCCCCUGAAUUUAAAUAUAGUUUAGCUGAAAAUAAAAAAACUAAACGACAAGAUCAUCAUGAAACAGAAUGUUAUACAAUAAUUUAUUUUUUAAAUUGUCCUCUACAAUAAUAACGUUUUGUUUAGCCACUGUGACAGUGUUAGCGUGUUGAUGUUAACUCUUUGUUUUAUUUCUUGAGGAAUUAAAUAAACUGUUCAGACAAGCUAAAAAGUUUUUAAAAAGUAGAAAUAUGCAACCAAAAAAGUUGGGAACCUCUGACCGAGCUAAACUUGGCAGUGUGUUUAUCUCAAUAUUUUAUUCAAACCAUAUUUUCUUUAAACGGAGAAAUAACUUUUGACCUCUGUUUUUUGGUUUUGUUUUGUUUUUUUAUUUUAAGGUUUUUGUUUGUUUGUUUUACGUUCACCUGUGCUAGUUACUCAACAAAUAACGUGCAAUGUUAACAAAUCUGCAAAAAAUUACUUGUGAAAACAUGAGAGCAUGCAUUGUACUAGAGAUGUCGUGUACUGGAUUUUGUCUGACCUCUGUGUUAGUGCAAACUAAAUGUGAUGCAUGGUGGUGGGAAGCAGAGGGACGGCAUGGCUCUGUGGUUUGUAGGUGUAGAUUUCUUAAGUGGAACAGUUGGUCUACAAGUCGACGUAUUCUCCUACUCACAGCUUCCGUUUCUUUGUCGUUUUUGUAUCUUUGUCACGUCAAUUGAUCUUAAAAGUAGAAACAAGAGCUAGCUUUAAUCACAUAUUACCCUACUGAUGAUAUUGCAGACCUUUCCACCCCCAUAACCUUGGUUUAUAUAGCAUUUAUGCGACCUGCAGGUCAACACAAAACGAAAAAAAAAAAAGAAGUUUUUUUAAAUUCAUUGAUCAUUUUGCCAGUUAACCUGUAAACACCUGCAUGCGUUUGUGGACAUGCACACUUGUACACUCAUUUAGACGUAUUGAUAAUGUCACCUAUUAACUUACUUUGUGUUCAUUUAUCAACAGUAUUGAUGUCAAAUGUGAAUAUUGUCAACUGAGACUGUGGAGAAACGUCUGGAAGCCGACAAAACAUUUUGUCUGAUUGUUUGUUUUGUUUUGUUCACUUUUAUUUAUUUUAUAUUUUCUGAAUUUUGUCUACCAUGUAACAAUUUUAACAAAAGCCCAGUCUGGUUUUUAUUCAUAAAAUGUGUCUGUGUUUUAAAAUGUGGCUCACUGACUAUUUGUUGGUUCCUUUGAGUGUGGAUU